AUGGAGAAGAUCAAGGAAAAAUUGAACAGCUUGAAAUUAGAAUCUGAAUCAUGGCAAGAAAAAUAUGAAGAGCUGAGAGAACAGCUUAAGGAAUUAGAGCAAUCUAACACUGAAAAAGAAAACGAGAUCAAAUCUUUGUCGACUAAAAACGAACAACUCGACAAUGAAGUGGAGAAGUUAGAAAGCCAAUUGGCUGAUACAAAGCAAUUGGCUGAAGACUCCAAUAAUUUAAGAUCCAAUAACGAGAACUACACCAAGAAGAACCAGGAUCUAGAGCAACAGCUAGAGGAUAGCGAAGCCAAACUGAAGGAAGCAAUGGAUAAAUUGAAAGAAGCAGAUUUGAACUCCGAGCAAAUGGGUAGAAAAAUCAUUGCUUUGGAGGAAGAAAGGGACGAAUGGGAAAAGAAAUGUGAAGAAUUUCAAAGCAAAUAUGAAGAAGCUCAAAAGGAACUGGACGAAAUUGCUAAUUCAUUGGAAAAUUUAUGA